AUGGCCAUAAGUCCCAGCAUCUUGGAGGCGACUAAAUUGGCAAUGCUUCUUGAUUUGACUAUAUUCCACUGGUUUGUAAAUAGAUGCAAUUUAACCUCUUGUCCCGCUAUCAGUGGCCGUGAUGAUUCUCCCUCAGACGGCGGAGUAUCGAUUGUUGGCUCAACUUUGGAAGGGGUAGCUAAGACCCAGGAGAAGGUUGUCAAGAUAGUUGACGAAGGUUCAGGCGAUGUUUUCAUCCAUGAGCCCAAUCUUGACCAAGCUCCCAAUUAG